UGACAGCUGUUUUGCAUAAAUUUGUUUUAAAUAGAAUUUAUAUGCGUGCGCUUCCGGAAAAACACUUCAGCACGCUACAAAUACAACAAUUCCCCGGACAAUAGUUUACGUAAACGAUAAAUAAAACUUGUAGUAUAGAAACGCCUGCAGCAUGGUAAUUGCCAAAGAGAUUCUCAGUGACUACAAGGAAAUUUACGAAAAGGCCUUUAAACUCGUCAACGAGGAGAGUAAAAAUGAUCCACCCACAGAUCCUUUCCGUUCACAUUAUGCCGCCCGUGAUCUGCUUAUGCAGAUGAGAGAAAAUCUAAAGAACGAAUUGAUUUCCAUCAAGGCAGAGGAGGCCGACGGUGGUGAGGAUGAAUUCAUCUUCCGUGUUUUGCAAGCAUUUGUGUGUCGCGAUUUGGGCAGAAUACAUGUAUUCUGUGAGGAUCCCGGUGCCGGAGAGAAUUAUCUCAAGGAAUGCUUGGAAUUGGUGCAAGAGCGCAAAAUGGAGUCGCAGGCCAUUGUGCCAUAUGUUGGUGCCACCAACGAAAUGGGUAUAGUCUAUGCCAAUCGUGCCGAAUAUAAGAAAUCCUUUGACAUCCUAACGGAGGCUGAAAAGGCAUACAAAGAUUUUAAGGCAACCAAGAAAAAUGCUUGGGCUAUAACCGACGUUUUCGGCACCGCCGAUGAAGUGGAAGAGGGCAAAGGCCUUAAAGAGCUUGAAAGUCUUUAUACGCUGUGCUCUUUCUAUAUGGCUCAAGUCUACGGUCAUUUGGGAGAACUGGAAAAAUCUGCUCAAUAUUGUCAUAUGACACUGCGACGUCAAAUAGAGGCCAAAUCAUAUGAACCCAUUGAUUUUGCCUUGAAUGCUGCCACCUUGUCACAAUAUUUUAUAGGACAAAAUAUGUUUAAGCAAGCUAGACAUCAUUUGGCUGCCGCCACUUUGGUUAUUUCGGAGCAUGAGGCCACCAUGUUUGAGGGCCGCAAUUUGACGGAGGAGCAAAAAGCUGAAAUUCAAGAGACGUUUAAACAUCGUUUUGCUGAUGUAGCCCGAUGUUGGGCCAAAUACGGUUUGGCAUUGCUAUCAGCUUCCAAGGAUCGUUUGUUCAACGAUGACGAAGUAAAGCUGGCUGAGGAUGCCAAACGCCUCAAACUUGAUGCCAAUUCAUAUCUAUUCCCUGAUAUGCAAUUGGAUGCUUACGAGAAACGCAUUACCUGUGAUUAUUGUCUAACUUUUGACGAUGCCAAAGAGGUCUAUCAUUUUGUUACCAAAUGGUUGGACACCGCCAAGGAGCACUACAAACCCGAUACAGAUGCUACUGAAUAUGCCAAGAUCAUAAAAGAUUUUGCCGAACUUUACCAACACAUUGCUUUCUUCGAAGAAGAUCCCGUCAAUCAAGCGAAAAUGCAAAAACGCCGUGCAAAAUACUACGAAGAACUUAUUGAAUUGCUAAAUCCCGUAUUUUAUAUGUCCAUAUGUCGCGAAUGUUGGUAUGGAGCCGGACUUGCCUAUAGCGCUAUUUUGGACAUUAAAUUGGAUCUGUUCAAAGCCAACCGCACCGCCAAUCCUCAGGAGUUGUCGAAGAUUAACCAGACUUGUCAGCAAGCCAUAAAAAAUUUCAAAAGUUACAUCGAAUCUUAUACCGACAAAGAUGGCACAUGGAAACCAAACAUGGAUGUGGAAGAACAAAGAACCAUGCUAUACGCUCAUUUUCAUUUAGGAAGACUGCAUUAUAAAAUAAUAACCCCCGAUCCGAAUCUUCAAUUGGACAAUCUCUCGAAUAGCCUUAAGUAUUACAAAACAUUUACAGAUGAAUGCGCAAAGUUAGAGGAGCCAGCCAAAGCGCUCCAAGCCGAAGUUGGAGUUUGUAGAGAAAUGGUCAACUUACUGCCAAUGAAAAUAGCAACGGUGAAGAAGCGAUUGACCAAAUAGGUCCUUGACCAAAAUAGCCUGCUGUUUGUAAAGGCAUUAUGUAUGUGCUGGAUACACAUUUUGCAUUUUCGCGCAAGGAAGGUCCUAAGGAAGAUUUGUUUCCUUAUGACCUCUUUCACGGCCUCUUCAUUAUACCUCUUAAUACUUGUCAGUGUCUAGUUAAUUUAUGCUUUCGUAACGACGUUAAACUCUAGAAAAUAGAUAAUUUAAUUUAUCUUAAGCAUUUUCUUAUUUAUCUUUAUAACAUUAUUAUUGUUUACACCAAAGAGUUAUGUAACGCGAAGACGCUAGCUUGGAAAGCAAAUCAAAUUUUUGUUCUUAAUAAAGCAUUAAGCGUUUUUCUUAUAAA